AUGGCCGUCCGCUGCAGCCGCAUCACACAGCGAGUUCGAGACGCUGGCAUAUCCUUGCAAAACCAGUGUCUUCGCAGGUAUUCAAGCAGCUGCAGUCAGGCAGUUUCAAGGGAGCCAUCAUAUAGGCCGCAUCCACUCGCUCAAAAGUCUCCUCAGGCGCCGUCUGAACUGCCAGCGUUGCCUCCUCGUCUCAACGCGCUGAAGGAUGCCAAACCGUUCUCCUCUUUCUUGACGGAUACAUUUAGCCGGCAGCAUGACUAUCUUCGGAUCAGCAUCACCGAGCGCUGCAAUCUACGGUGUCUCUACUGUAUGCCAGAAGAAGGUGUCCCGCUCUCUCCGCCAGAGCAUCUGCUCACCACCCCAGAGAUCGUUUACUUAUCAACCUUGUUUGUAUCCCAGGGAGUGACGAAAAUACGGCUGACAGGAGGCGAGCCCACGGUGCGUAAGGAUAUACUGCCGAUGAUGCAGGAACUCGGCAAGCUACGCCGUGAUGGUCUGAAGGAGCUGUGUCUUACUACAAAUGGGAUAUCACUUCACCGUAAACUCGACAGCAUGGCGGAAGCAGGGCUGACCGGAGUCAACUUAAGCCUAGAUACCCUCGACCCGUUUCAGUUUCAGAUCAUGACAAGACGCAAAGGAUUUGAAGCCGUGAUGAAGAGUAUCGAGAAGAUCUUGGAGCUAAACGACUGUCACAGUGCUGGCAUCAAGCUGAAGAUAAACUGCGUGGUUAUGCGAGGCAUGAACGACCGGGAGAUACUCCCGUUUGUCGAGCUGGGUCGCGAUAAAGCGAUUGAAGUACGUUUUAUCGAAUACAUGCCGUUCGACGGGAACAAGUGGAGUAAAGGCAAGAUGUUCUCCUACCAGGAGAUGUUGGAUGUCAUCAAAGGGAAGUAUCCGAGCUUUCAAAAGGUUCCUGACCACAAGAAUGAUACGAGCAAGACGUAUCAAGUCCCUGGCUUCAAAGGAAAAGUCGGUUUCAUUACCAGCAUGACCCAUAACUUCUGUGGGACAUGUAACCGUCUCCGGAUAACCAGUGACGGGAACCUGAAAGUGUGUCUUUUUGGUAAUACAGAAGUGUCUCUGCGGGAUAUGAUCCGAAAGGAGAAUAACAAUCAACCCAUCUACGAGGAUGCCUUGCAGUCAUUGAACUUACUUGAGUCGGCUAGGCAGGCUGCUCGAGCAGAAGACGAUGGCCAUCCAGCCAAUGAACGAGAAAGAGACCUUUUGAAUAUAAUUGGCGCCGCCGUCAAACGAAAGAAGGCAAAACACGCCGGAAUUGGCAUAUUGGAGAAUAUGAAGAACCGUCCCAUGAUACUGAUCGAUGACACAGCUAGCAACACAUACGAUAACAAUUCCUACCCAACCGCUACAGCCAGAUCACCAACAUGGACUUCAACAAAUGCCAAUUCUCUCCUCCGGUGGCAGCCUACCCCUUUACAUAUGCUUGCUCAUAAAAAGCGGAUAAACCAACAGAUCCGCUUAUAUUCAAUUAUAGAAACCCCAGCCGGAGCAGAGUCACCAUCUCCAGCUUCACAGAAAUCCGAACAGGCAGGAAAUACUACUGUCUCAGAUCUCCCGACUACAUCCCAUGCGCAGCUCCCACAUCUUACUCCCCGUGAAACAGUCCACAUGACAUCGAUAGCUCAUAAGCCAGAAACCAACCGUUUAGCUACUGCAGUCUGCCGAAUAUCAUUUUCGAACCCCACGCCAAUAUCACUCCUUACAACGGGGGACGGCCUCAUGAAAAAGGGGGACGUGCUCGCAGUUGCACGUAUAGCUGGCAUAAUGGCCGCUAAAAAGGCGGCAGAUAUCAUUCCCCUGGCUCAUCCUGGCCUAGGAAUAACGGGCAUAGAAGUGGAUAUCAGCAUAUGUUCACCCCAUUCAGAUGGGAGCAUGUCGGACAAACAAGGCAAGCCAUGUCAUGGGCCCCAUGGAAGUGUUCUCGUUACGUCUAGCGUUAGCUGCCUUGGACGAACAGGAGUAGAGAUGGAAGCCAUGACCUCCGUCUUGGGCGCGGCCCUUACCGUGUACGAUAUGUGUAAGGCAGUGGACAAGGGGAUGGUUAUAGGUGAAGCGAGAGUCGUUCGAAAACGAGGAGGGAAAAGUGGUGAUUGGGAGGAAGGCAUUCGUGCUAUCAACCCCGAUGACAACGGCGAUUAA